AUGCCAAAUCUUCUACAGUCACCUGUCCAUCUCCUUGACAUAGCCAUUUAUCUAAUUGCUCACGAACAAAUAGCAUUCGUAUCUUGCUCUCCGACUCCAAGCACUACCCCAACCACCACGUCCAAACGAGACGGCGCCUCCCACCAAUUCAAAGCUCAGUUCAGAAACCCAUCCGAGAUAUUCUCCGUACUCCUGCUCAUUGGAGGGGACACCAUCCAGAAAGCCGUAGCUCAAAUGACAGGGCGAAAAGUAACGCUCGUGGCGUUCAGUUUUGGCUGGGUUGCACACUCAUUUAGCGCUCUGGUGGCAGCUUUCGGGGACGGGGCACUGAUGCCGAAACCUGAUGUUUCUGCUUCGGUGAUUGUCGUCUCGUCUCGGAAUAAGAAGAGCAAUAGCUCUUGGGUUCUUGGACGUCUCGUGAGAGACCUCGAGCGCAUUGUUGACGAGAAGAUGGAGCCGUGGGAACGAGACUCUGGCCUCAUCGUGAGCGUAUUUGAUGCCAUUGAAGGGGGCAAGCAGCCCACAACGGACGUCUGCUUCUACUCGUUCUUCAUAUGUUGUUUCAUACAACUUUUCAUUGCCGCUGUGCCCAUUGUACUGCACCGCGACUGGUCCAUCGUCUUGAUUACUCUGGUUGGUACCAUCCUCAGUAUCUGCACUGGAUCCCUCCGAAAAUGGCGCGAGGAGAAAUACUCAUGUCGAGAAGGAUCGAAAGAGUCCUACAUUCUCACCCGUGGAAACGGUCACAGACAUGUCUUUAUUGUGCGAGGAAAUGAGCGUGGGCUUGGCCUGGCUCUGGAUGAUUUGGCUGGUGCAGUCGUUCAAACAUGUAGAAGAACCCGACUGGCCUGCGGACUGUCCGCCUUCCUAUGGUUUGCUUUCCUAGUCACUGCAGGUGGCUUGGAUGGCAAUAAAUGGUGUCUCCUCGGCGUUGGAACCGUUGGCAUGAUCCAGAACGUUUUUGUAGCAGGAAGAAGACGAAGUCCUCAUUCUCACGGGAUUCCGCUGAGCGAGCUUCAUGAGUCUAUCCUCGGGAAGGUAACUGUUAGGGACCGGAGGCCGAAAGUCAUGGAUGUUCUGUUCCAGGUUGAAGAGAAGUAUCCCGGGAUAGGACUUGCUAUUCGGCCCGAGUUUUUCGAGGAUUGUUCGUUGAGGGAGGAAGAAAUAAAGACUUGGGCUGCUCAUGAGCGCAAGCUGGAAGAUAUAAAAGCGAAGGAGAAAUUCGAGAGGGAAGCCAGCAGGGGAAAUUUGGCUGGAUCAAUUGGCUGA